CACCCUCUGCAGUUUGAGUGGUCGAUUAGGCCUGCCCCACUCAUGAAGGUGUGAACCAGGGUGUCCACAUCCCCUGAGCCAGCAAAGAGGCUUUGUCCAUGGGUUUCUUAGUGGAGGCACUAUUAACAUUCGGGGCUGGGUAAUAUCUUGUGUGUAUAUGUAGGGGGCUGCCAUAUGCUUUGCCCUAGCUGCCACUCACUAGAUGCUGGCGGCACAUAACACACAGACACACACACACCCACCCUCUCCCCAAGGUUGUGAUAGUCAGAAAUGUCUCCAGACCUUGCCAAAUAUCCCCUAGGGGACAAAGUCACCCCCGUAUUGAAAACUACUGGGCUGGAGUAAGGCCGACCUGCCUCGAGGUCCAGAGAAGUGGAGAACCACCGUCCUGGUUCUACUCUCUAGUUCCUCAGAGCCCACUGAACAAUCAAGCUGCUGGGCUUCGGAAGGUGGAGCUUAUGCAGAUAAGCGGCAGGUUUUGGCAGGGAGGAGGCGGCCUUAUGCAGAUAAGGGGGCGGUGCCUGCAUGUUGAUUAGCUGGGCCCGCUGCCGACGCGACUGGGAGCCUAGCAGGUCCCGCUGCGGUUCGGGCUAAGGUGGCCUCUCUCUUCCUUGCUCACCCCCCCACCCGAGGUUCCUACCCACAGAGGAUCGCCCUCGACCUUUACCCUCAUCCGUUUCUCCCUCUGCUCCCCGCGGCAGUGCCCCCGUAUCCUAAUCGUUCCACUCGUGGCGCCCCCCCGCGUUUCUCCUCUCCCGCCGCAAACCCCGCGACCUCCAGCAGCCCGCCCCCGCGGGCCCGAUCCUGCCUGGCGGCUCCCGCCGCAGCCUCCUCACCCUUCCCGCUCUCCCAGGGCUCGCACCACUACACCCGCGGGUGUCUCCCCUCGGGCUUCCCGGUUCUCUCCUUCCGCCCCCUCGGAGCCCCCUCCCCGGCCCUGGCCAGCCGGCAUGCAGGUGUCUAUCGCUUGUACCGAGCAGAACCUUCGCAGCCGAAGCAGUGAGGACCGUCUGUGUGGACCCCGGCCGGGCCCCGGGGGCGGUAAUGGCGGGCCAGUCGGCGGGGGGCAUGGGAACCCUCCGGGUGGAGGGGGAGGAGGGUCGGGCCCCAAGGCUCGGGCCGCAGUGGUCCCCCGACCCCCAGCACCCGCUGGGGCCCUCCGAGAGAGCACCGGCCGAGGCACUGGCAUGAAAUACAGGAACCUAGGAAAGUCUGGUCUUCGGGUAUCCUGUCUUGGCCUAGGUACCUGGGUCACAUUUGGUUCUCAGAUCUCAGAUGAGACAGCAGAGGAUGUGCUGACAGUAGCCUAUGAGCAUGGUGUAAACCUGUUUGACACCGCCGAAGUGUACGCAGCGGGAAAGGCUGAAAGAACCCUAGGCAACAUCCUCAAGAGCAAAGGUUGGAGGAGAUCAAGCUAUGUCAUCACCACCAAGAUUUUUUGGGGAGGACAGGCAGAAACUGAGCGAGGCUUGAGCCGCAAACACAUCAUCGAGGGCUUGCGAGGAUCCUUGGAACGCCUCCAGUUGGGAUAUGUGGACAUUGUUUUUGCCAAUCGCUCAGACCCCAACAGUCCUAUGGAGGAGAUUGUGCGAGCCAUGACCUACGUCAUCAACCAGGGUCUGGCCCUAUACUGGGGGACGUCUCGAUGGGGGGCUGCAGAAAUCAUGGAGGCCUACUCCAUGGCCAGACAGUUCAAUCUGAUUCCUCCAGUGUGUGAACAAGCUGAGCACCAUCUGUUUCAGAGAGAGAAAGUGGAGAUGCAGCUGCCAGAGCUCUACCACAAGAUUGGUGUUGGCUCAGUCACCUGGUCCCCUCUGGCCUGUGGCCUCAUCACUAGCAAGUAUGAUGGGCGAGUCCCAGAUACAUGCAGGGUCACCAUCAAGGGCUACCAGUGGCUCAAAGACAAAGUGCAGAGUGACGACGGCAAGAAGCAACAAGCCAAAGUCAUGGACCUUCUCCCCAUCGCUCACCAGCUGGGCUGCACUGUGGCGCAGCUUGCGAUUGCGUGGUGUCUCCGCAGUGAGGGUGUCAGCUCAGUCUUGCUGGGGGUGUCCAGUGCAGAGCAGCUGAUAGAACACCUGGGCGCCCUACAGGUGCUGAGCCAGCUGACCCCGCAGACGGUGAUGGAGAUAGAUGGGCUCUUGGGCAGCAAACCGCAUCCCAAGAAAUAGUUCGUCGGGAGCGCAGGAACCCAAAGCCAGAGCCGCUGCAAGUCUGUGAAACACUUCCCCGCCUCCGCCCCGAGACCCUCCCGCUCCGGAUCCCUCCAUUUAGCGGCUGAGGUGGGGCGUCCCCGCCCACUAACGAGUUCCGGCUUCGAGUAGCGAUAGCAUGAACAAAGCCAUAUCCUCCCGCAGUGGGGCUUGAGAAGGAAAGUAGUCCGCCGCCCACUGCUGCGUUCUCCGAGGUCUUCUUGCUAAUCCUGGUUAUGAGCUACUGGGCCGUGCCCUCUCUGCCACUUGGUCUUGCUCCCUUUCCUCUUCCCCUAAUCGCCAAGGUCCAGGGGAAAAAAAGGCAGAUACAAAAACACACGCAGAGUACCUCAGAAGUGGCCCUUGAAAUGUCAUCAAGGGGUAAUAACAGCCUAAUAAGAAAUGAGCUGUGAUGUCAUCACGGCCAAAGGAAAUGGGGCUCUUACAUUAUUCAGUACAAAGGAAGCCGGGCUGAUCCUGCAUGAAGUAAAUGAUAAUCUUUGGGAAACCAGGAGCCUGCCUCUGCUUCAGGUGGACGAGGGCUGAAAACGAGAACCAGUGUUGGUACUUUGUUCUUGCUGAGAGGGGUAGGGUAGGGCAUACAAUGACAUAGCACUGAUGAGGGAGCUUUGAUGGCCCAUGUAUAGCGUAUCCUGGCAAAAGUGGCCCGGGUCGCCCUUGGAAAGCAGUUGGGCCACGCUUCACAGGAAACAGUGACAGCCUUUCGGUCACGACAGAGAAAUGGGGUUGACAUUAAAAGGCCUGGGGAUAAACUUUUAAGCCUUGAGCAAGACUUCCUACCUGGCAGUGGAGGGCUGUAGUCUUCCUCUGACAAUAAUCUUAAAGCAAUAAUGAUGGCCCCUCUUGUGUAAGACUUCCCAGGGAACUGUAAAUAAAAUCUCAGCUUGAUCAUCACUCAUGGCAUCUGAAAUUGCUGGGAGUUGAGAGGCUAGGAUCUCAGGAUCACAUAUCUGCCCCCCUAACCCCCUGCCAUUAGAAAGGCGAGCACUACCUUUCUCUCCACUGCUCGUUUACCUUAGUGACCCAGCCAUUGGGCUCCUGGUCACUGCUUUCAGGAAGAACCCAGGCACCAGAUACUUCAGGCCAGUUUUCUUCUGUCCUUCAGUUACCAUGUGCCUUAGAACCCAGAGGCCUGGCUUCAUAGCUUUGUUGCUCCUCCCUCUGACACUCUUAUCCUUACUUUGUUUUGAAAGCUAUAGUAGCCAUGCUUGUUUUCCUCUUGCCUGAUACCCACACAUGUGCCAAGGAAAACUAUCUGGGUGGUUUUCUUAGGGCUGAGUGGGAGGGGCUCUUCAGAGGUUGAAGCUUUGGGAUUUGGUGAAGGAGUGGUAAAAUGAAAACCAGUCUAUGGUUGAAAUGAUACAGAGAGAGGGAAAGGAGUUAUUAUAAGUAAAAAAGAAAAUAAGUGAGUGAUCAGGUGUGAGGGUGGCAGAAAAGAAGAAUCAAACGGAAUUACCCUUCUUCUUCCCCCAAGAACUCUGAUUUCCCUGGGACAGAAAGUGGGUGGGAAGUUACAACCUUUAAACAUCACAAGGCAGGGGAGGAUGAGCUCUGCUUUCCUUAAAAUACAACCUCACCAUCUCCCUUUCCCCUUCCUCACCCUUCCUUGAUGCUGAAGCUGGGAGAGCAGAGUAAAACCAAUUUCCAAAAGAGAGACGUCAGCAUCCUGCCAUUUACUGGAUUAGCAACCAACCGGAUCAACUAAUGAAUACUUACAUCCACUCCUUCCAUCUCCCACUCAUUUUGGAAGACUGCAGAGGAAACAAAGAGGAAACACUGGAAAAGAAGCUGCUUUGGACAGCGAGAUCAUCAGUUUGUGUUCUUGAUAAAGAAGAAAGGAAGUCAAGCAGUGCUGUACUGUCCGGAGAUCAAGGACUUGGCCCACAUGACCCGCUGCACGCUGUAACUGAGGAACCCUGAAGCUGCGGCAGAAGGAAGUAUAUAGUCAAGGACCAAUAGCAUCAUCAUCACUGGGAACUUGUUUGAAGUGCAAAAUCUCAGGAUUCCACUUCAGACUGACUGAAUCAGACUCUGCAUUUUAAGAAGAAUCCCAGGUAAUCUAUUUAAAUAAAAACUUAAGAAGCAUUGGUCCAGGUCUGAGACUAUGUAGGAUGUCACUAUCUGUGGGUGGAAUACUUAAAAACACACUUGGUAUAAAAGAUAUGAUUUACUGAAGGUUCUAAAGUGACACUCCGUUACUGAAGAAAUUUAAACUCUUUGUGUGGAUAAGUUACUGUGUUGCAUUUUCCUCUAAGUUAAAAAUGUGAAAUGAAGAAUAAACCUCAAUUUUUGUAACCAUAUACCCUCUUUGGGAGGCCUUUCUCAGCAUUGAACCUGGUGUAGCCUCCUCCCUCACCUUCUGUAACAUAAUGCCUUGUUUUAACUUUUUCAUUGAUUUUGUGAUAGUAUGUGUUCUGUCAGUGUCCCCCAGUAGAAUUUAAGCUCCAUGAGAGCAAUGAUUCACUUGUGAUUGUUGUAUCCCCAAGGACAACAACAGCAAAUGCUCAAUAAAUGCUUGUGGGAGUUGCCUUUUA